GGCUGUUGUAGUUUUUACUGAUCAAUUUACCAACUUUUAGAUUUGAUUGUGAUUGGAAGAAGAUUGAAGCAUUUGUUGGGUCCAAGACAGUAAUCCAGAUCCGUAGCCAUGCCCAAAAGUAUUUCCUAAAGGCUCAGAAAAAUUGGACAGCUGAACAUGUGCCUCCUCGGCCGAAAAGGAAAGCAGCCCACCCCUACCCACAAAAAGCACCGAAAAAUGGUAGGUAUACGGCAACCAUUUCGGUAUCAUUGUAUUCUUUUUUGAUCAGUUGUUGAUCUUGAAUUGACCCUCGGUAAUGUCUGCAUUCGUCGCAGUUGCAUUGUACCCCAAGUCGAAGUACCGUUUCAAUCUUCAUCUGCAUUGCUUGAAUAUGAUUAUACCUACAAACCAGAUUCAUCAUCUGUGCUCGGAAAUCCAAUUACCAAGCCAGCUUGGCCUUCCUGGAGUUAUGACUCUCUGCCGCCUUUCACCAUGUCUCAAGCCACUAAAGAUGAUGCUAUAUUUUCCGGACCAAAUCUGGCACCCAACACUUGUUAUAGUAGUAGUAAUGAAAGCACUCCGAGAACUUGGUCAGUUGGUGAAACAAUUGCCCGAGGGGAUCAUGGGAAGCAAUCUAGAGUUUUGCCAGAUUUUUCUCAGGUGUAUGCUUUCAUUGGCAGUGUCUUUGACCCCAGUGCAAGUGGGCACUAGCAGAAACUGAAGGAGAUGGACCCGAUAAAUGUUGAAACAGUAUGUCACCCAAUAUGAUGUUAAUAUUCUGAAAAAGAAAAAAAAUAUAUUGGUCGGGUGUGUGUUUGAGGUAGAGGCUUCACCGUUGCUUAAAAGCUUAUGGUCAACUGAAUGAGCGUUGUUUGGCUCUUUUUGCAGGUGGUGAUGCUGAUGAAAAACCUUGCUCACAAUUUGAAGAGCCCCGAGUUUGAGGUUCAUAGGAGGUUGCUUUCGACAUAUGAUGUGGGAUCCAAGGGUGUUAAUCUCAGUAGCUCUUACGAUGGCAUUCGCACUUGCAAAUCAGCAACUGCUAUCCCAACUGCAUAAUAACAUAUGAACGCCAGGUUGAGAGA